AUGGAAGCUAGAGACAAGCAAGUGCUUCGCUCGCUUCGCCUGGAGCUGGGUGCUGAGGUCUUGGUGGAGGGACUGGUUCUUCAGUACCUUUACCAGGAGGGGAUCUUGACAGAAAACCAUGUUCAAGAAAUCAAAGCUCAAGUCACAGGUCUUCGGAAAACAAUGCUGCUGCUUGACAUCCUACCUUCCAGGGGUCCUAAGGCAUUUGAUACAUUCCUAGAUUCCCUGCAGGAGUUUCCCUGGGUAAGGGAGAAGCUGGAGAAGGCAAGAGAAGAAGCUAGAACGGAGCUGCCUGCAGAUGACGGGAUGCCUAGGAUCCCUCCGCACAUCCUCAACAGCUCCCCAUCCGAUCAGCAGAUUAAUCAGCUGGCCCAGAAGCUGGGGCCUGAGUGGGAGCCCAUGGUACUAUCCCUGGGUCUCUCCCAGACAGAUAUCUACCGCUGUAAGGCCAACCACCCCCACAAUGUGCAGUCGCAGAUCGUGGAGGCCUUUGUCCGGUGGAGGCAGCGCUAUGGGAAGCAGGCCACCAUCCAGAGCUUGCACCGAGGCCUUGAGGCUGUGGAGGGGGACCCCUCGGUGCUGCAGCACAUGGUGGAAUGA